AUGGAGACGACUCUACCACUGCCAUUCUUGGUGAGUAUUGGCAGCCCCGAUGGACAGGCUACCAAUGAUGGCCUCACUCGUCAUGAGAUUGCCCUUCUGGGAGCUCCUUUCUAUGAGAUAGCUUCUAAGGAUUGGGGUCGCCCCAGUGCCGGAACCAAUGUUCACAUGGAUGUCACGGGUUUAAGUGACCCAGGCGAUGUGAUUGCGUUGCUCGAUGGCGGGGUUCGAACGGUUUUUGUUGCUUCAGAGUCCUACUCUGAGUACACAGAAUAUGGCGCAAGAGCCAUUCCCACUGUUUCUUCCCUUGACAUUUCCACAGCUUCCAAAAAUGGUCUAUUAGUAAAAGAUUUCGACAUUUCAUCGAGCGACGUCGACAAGUUUAUUAAGGAAGCAUCAGCCAAGAAGAUCAAGAGCCUUUACAUCAAGCCAGCUCCUAAGACCGAUAUCGAAAAGUUCAUCGAAAUCGCCAAGAAGGCCAAUGCAAUCCCUAUCAUCCCUUCUACAAGGUUGACGACCGACAGGAACGAUUCGGGUCGAUUGUUGUUAUCUAAGGUUAUCGCAUCAUACUGGAAAUCCGAUCGACCUGACGGCCUUAUCCCUACUGUGGUUACCGAUGAUGCCGGGAUCGCGUUGGGUCUCGCCUAUACCAGCGAGGAGAGUAUUCUGGAGGCUCUCAGAACACAAACCGGAGUCUACCAGAGUCGCAAACGUGGUCUUUGGGUGAAGGGACUUACUUCUGGUGACACCCAGGAACUGUUGCGAAUUGGUCUCGACUGUGACAACGACACUCUCAAAUUUGUGGUUAAUCAGAAUGGCCGUUUCUGCCACCUCCAGCAGUUUGGCUGCUUUGGAGACCUCAAGGGCAUUUCAGCACUCGAACAGACACUCAAGUCACGCAAAGAGUCUGCCCCUGAGGGUUCUUACACGGCCCGCUUAUUCUCCGAUGAGAAGCUUCUGCGAGCAAAGAUUAUGGAGGAAGCAGAGGAGCUUUGCGAUGGCAAGACCAAAGAGAACAUCGCUUUCGAAGCUGCUGAUUUGAUCUACUUUGCUUUAACUAAGGCUGUUGGCGCAGGUGUUAGCCUCGCAGACAUUGAGGCUAAUCUGGACGCCAAGAGCUUGAAGGUCAAGCGUAGAACAGGCAAUGCCAAGGGCAAGUGGGCGGAGAAGGAGGGUAUCGAGAUCGAUGCAGCCCCCGGGAAGUCCUCACAGCCAGCAGCAGAGAAACCAGCUGAUGGACGUAUUGCUAUGGAGCGAGUUGAUGCCUCAAAGAUCUCCAAGGCUGAUCUCGUAGAGAAGCUCAAGAGACCAUCUCAGAAAUCCCCCGACGCCAUCUUGAAGAUUAUUCAGCCUAUCAUCGAGGACGUGCGAACUGGCGGCGACAAGGCUGUUCUAUCUUACACCCACAAGUUUGAGAAGGCCACUUCAUUGACAUCGCCUGUGCUGAAGGCUCCCUUCCCCAAGGAGCUUAUGGAUAUCUCGCCUGAGACCAUUGAAGCUAUUGACGUCUCUUUUGAGAAUAUUCGAAAGUUCCACUCUGCACAGCAGGAGGAAAAGUCUCUCCAGGUUGAGACAAUGCCUGGCAUUGUCUGUAGCCGCUUCUCGAGACCCAUUGAGCGAGUCGGUCUUUACAUCCCUGGUGGAACUGCUGUUCUUCCCAGUACUGCUCUGAUGCUUGGAGUUCCAGCUAUGGUGGCUGGUUGCCAGAAGAUUGUAUUUGCCUCCCCUCCUAGAUCUGAUGGUCGCAUUACCCCUGAAAUUGUCUACGUUGCUCACAAGGUCGGUGCUGAGAGCAUUGUAUUGGCAGGUGGUGCUCAGGCUGUUGCCGCUUUGGCUUAUGGUACGGAGAGUGUCACCAAGGUUGACAAGAUUCUUGGACCUGGUAACCAAUUUGUGACUGCGGCCAAGAUGCACGUCAGCAACGACACCAAUGCUGGCUGCGGUAUUGACAUGCCAGCUGGACCCUCUGAGGUUCUUGUUGUUGCCGACAAGGAUGCCAACCCUUCUUUUGUUGCCUCUGAUCUUCUUUCUCAAGCCGAACAUGGUGUCGAUAGCCAAGUCAUUCUGCUUGCUGUUGGCCUCAACGAGCAGGAGCUCCAGGCUAUCGAGGACGAAGUUCACAAACAAGCCCUUGCUCUUCCUCGUGUCGAUAUCGUCCGAGGAUCCAUUGCUCACUCUGUCACUGUUCAGGUCAAGGACAUUGAAGAGGCCAUGCGCAUCAGCAACGAGUAUGCCCCUGAACACCUCAUCCUCCAAAUCAAGGAUGCCGAGAAAGCUGUUGAUCAUGUCAUGAACGCUGGCAGUGUGUUUAUUGGUCACUGGACCCCUGAGAGUGUUGGCGACUACUCUGCUGGUGUCAACCACUCUUUGCCUACUUAUGGAUUCGCCAAGCAGUACUCUGGCGUCAACUUGGGCUCGUUCCAGAAGCACAUUACAAGCUCCAACCUUACUGCUGAAGGUCUCAAGAAUGUUGGUACCGCCGUCAUGCAACUGGCCAAGGUCGAGGAGCUUGAGGCUCACAGAAGGGCUGUGGAGAUCCGACUCAACUAUUUGAAGCAACAGCAGUAG